CCCAGCCCAUCUGCUUGUAUCCUCCGGGCACCAAAUCCCUCUCUCUCUCUUUCUCAUCUGUGUUUGUUGUCUCUCGUAUCGAUCGUGCAACUGAGGAGGAUACGAGGAUGCAGGCAGUUUCCAGGAGAUUAGUGCAACGGCCUCUCGCCGGAGGAGCUUCUUUCUACUCACCGUCUUCUCUCAGAUCGCUCUAUGGAGUCUCAGAUCACCUUAAUGGAACCGAUAAUCGUCGCUACUCGUCUUCCCUCGCCACAAAGGGCGUGGGACAUCUCGCUCGCAAGGGUACUGGUGGGAGAUCUUCCGUUAGUGGCAUUGUAGCUACGGUGUUUGGAGCCACUGGAUUUCUGGGUCGUUAUCUCGUGCAGCAGCUAGCUAAAAUGGGAUCACAAGUGCUAGUUCCUUUCCGAGGCUCAGAGGACUCUCCUCGACAUCUCAAGUUGAUGGGAGAUUUAGGCCAGGUAGUUCCGAUGAAAUUUGAUCCACGAGAUGAAGACUCGAUUAAGGCUGUCAUGGCAAAGGCUAAUGUGGUUAUCAAUCUAAUUGGGAGAGAGUACGAGACCAGAAAUUUCAGUUUCGAUGAGGCGAAUCAUCAUAUGGCUGAGAAACUUGCAUUGGUUGCCAAGGAACAUGGUGGGAUAAUGAGAUAUAUUCAAGUUUCGUGCCUAGGAGCUUCAGUGUCAUCCCCUUCAAGAAUGCAGAGGGCAAAAGCUGCUGCUGAGGAAGCUGUUUUGAAUGCGCUCCCCGAGGCCACAAUCAUGAGACCUGCCACCAUGAUCGGCACAGAGGACAGAAUCUUGAACCCCUGGGCUCAGUUCGUUAAAAAAUAUGGUUUCCUCCCACUCAUAGGUGGUGGUACCAACAAAUUCCAGCCCGUAUAUGUGGUCGAUGUUGCUGCUGCGAUCGUAGCAGCUCUAAAAGAUGAUGGCUCCAGCAUGGGGAAAACCUACGAAUUGGGUGGUCCAGAUGUCUUUACCCCUCGUGAUUUGGCAGAGAUCAUGUUUGAUAUGAUUCGUGAAUGGCCUCGAUAUGUGAAGCUUCCAUUUCCAAUUGCUAAGGCAAUGGCAGGUCCUCGGGAUUUCAUGGUGAACAAAGUCCCUUUCCCUCUACCCUCUCCCCAGAUCUUCAAUCUGGAUCAAAUCAAUGCACUUACAACCGAUACACUUGUAUCUGACAAGGCCUUGACGUUUCAGGAUUUGGACCUUGUCCCUCAUAAAUUGAAGGGAUAUCCGGUGGAGUUUCUUAUCCAAUAUCGCAAGGGUGGUCCUAAUUUCGGCUCUACAGUCAGUGAAAAGAUACCAACAGACUUCUACAAUUGAUGAUGCUGCUCAAAGGUCAUUUUCCUGGACUAAUUUUUAUAAUGCCGAAGUGUCACAAUGAAGUUGCGGAAACUAGAUUCGGUAUGUUGUUGAUGCCUUUCAAUUUUAACUUGUGUCAAUAAUAAAAACGGUUCUCCUCUUUGUUGUGUUUCUGGUCAUAAGUUAUAGAGGGGGACAUCAUCUUUCUUGAUGGGACGAUAUGGUCCCGUAGGAAAUUACGCAGUUUCUGGUUCGUUUUCUUAAAAAAACUUCAUGUGCUGCUACUUUGCUCUUGAGUAUAAACUAAAGACAUGUGCUUCCGUCUCUGUGUGGUGUUGUAUGUUUUUACUUGCGCCAAAACGUUUCGACUUGUUUGAAACAAAAAUACAAAUCAGGUCGGUGCCAGGUGGGUAAUGAAUCUAUUUAUGCAAAUCGUAGAAUAUAGCACUUUGCUUCUAGCUGUAGAAAAAAGUAAAGGAAACCGUAAGAACCAAGCAAAGCAUAUAGAGCUAAUGUAAUGUCACCGAAAGGGUAAGAGAGACUCAUUUUACAUCAUCCGAGAAAAAUGGAAGGCGAAGAAGAAGAUUAUCCCGGGGCUGGAAUCAACUUGAACGGGAGAAAUGUCGGGGCGGUGAUGGUGGCACCGAGGGAUGUACACAUAGCGAGUGAAAGUGGUAGCAGGAUCAACAUCUAUGUGAACAGCAACGUUCAAGGGACCUGUGGUUCGGUCUUGUUAGGUAGCAAGGUUAAGCUAAGAGAUCCGGGUGUUCACCUCCACAUCGAAGACGUUAGAACGACCCGAGACGAUGGAACUAGACACAAGGAGAUGAGGUUGAUUAAGGUUGGGUUGUGUUUGGUCUGUCUCUUUAACAUCUUUCUAGGCCUCUUUCUCUUGCUCUCCUAUUGGUUCCGGAAGAAAACCGGUUCAACAUAAAACGAUAUAUAAGUUUAGAUUGUUUUAUUUUACAUUUUCUAGAUUGAAUCCAAUACCUUUGUUAUAUUCCGAUAGUAGUCUAGUGAGGCAAACCGGAAACGAGAUUACCGGAUUGUAAGUUUUAACCAAGCAUGUACCAAUUUCAAUCUCGACUACCGUAUUCUCUAA